AUGGCUGAUAUCGAAAAAUUUGAUCUCGUCGUCGUCGGUGCAGGCAUACACGGCCUAGUCAUCGCCAAAACAUAUUGCGAUGUUCACCCCGAGGCAUCAAUCUUGGUUCUAGACAAGUCCCGGUCCAUAGGAGGGGUAUGGGCAAAAGAUAGACUGUACCCGGGGCUUCAUACAAACAAUCACUUCCGCACGUUCGAGUUUAGCGACCUUCCUAUGGAUACAGAGGGCUUCGACCUUGUGGACGGCCAUAUACCCGGGGAACAUGUCAACAAGUACCUGCAUAGCUAUGUGGAAACCUUUAAUUUGGCAAAACAAAUUCGUCUCGAAACAAGUGUUAAGUCAGCCGUGGACCAAGGACCGAUGGGCUGGAUGUUAACAGUAUCACAAUACACGAACUCGACGGAAAUAAAUUACCAAAUCGAGGCUUCGAGGCUAGUCGUUGCAACAGGAUUGACGUCUGAACCUUCUAUGCCCAAGCUUGAUGGGAAGGAAACCUUUGAUGCACCAAUCUAUCACUCAAGCGAAUUCGCAAAAGCCGAGGGCGGGCUAAGAUCGUAUAAGAAGAUUGCUCUUCUCAGCGGUGCCAAGUUUUCAUGGGAUAUUGCAUAUGCGUACGCCUCUGCAGGCAUUCAAGUGGACUGGAUCAUCCGGGAAUCAGGACACGGUCCUUGUUGGAUGAUGCCAAACCGUCUGACGCCUUUGAAGAUCAUUCCGGAGUUAAUUAUACAAACACGGCUGAUUACAUGGCUUAGCCCGAGCAUCUGGGACGAUGGUUUCAUACAAAUUCGCAAUUUCUUCAAUCAGCAUUGGUUCGGGAGGAAGAUCUCGGACGCCCUCUUCACAAAGAUGCAGCACGCAACUGAAGAGAUCAACGGCUACGAUUCCCAUCCCGAAACUGCAAAGCUCAAACCCUGGGACGAUGUCUUCUUCAUCGGCACGAAUCGCGGUCUCCUGAAUUACAAAAACGACUUCUUCGAACUCGUGCGCAACGGCAUGGUCAGAGUCCACAUCGCAGACAUCUCGCACCUUUCCCCUCAAGCCAUCCACCUCUCCACCGGCACCGUAAUCGAAUCCGACGUCCUAAUCUGCGGCACAGGCUGGAAAGACACACCUCAGCUCGACUUCCAAACAACCAAGGACCUCGGUCUUCCCGGGCACGCCUCCCAAACACCACAAGACCACACCCGCGCAGCCGACGCCCAAAUCUUCGCUACCUUCCCCAAACUCCAGAACCAGCCUGCUCCACGAAAUGCGUCUGCAGACAAGAGUGAUAAGGAGACUCAGCAAGAACCCUACCGACUAUACCGCUACAUAGUCCCUCCAUCCUUCAUCCCAUCCCGCACCCUCGCUUUCGCAGGUGCCUACCGUAGCCCAGCCACAACAAUAAUAUCGCAAACCCAAGCGUUAUGGAUAACCGCUUACUUCGACAACCGCAUCCCGUCCCUCCAGAAUACGACAGCCUCCAAGCGCAUCAUGUACGAAACAGUGCUGCACACACAGUUUAGCAGGUGGCGCUACAGUCGCGGGUUCGGGGCGCGGUUUCCUGAAAUGUUUUUCGAUUGCUUGCCGUAUGUGGAUCGGUUGUUGAAGGAUGUGGGGGUGAGGAAUGAGAGGAAGGGGAGUUGGUGGAGGGAGAGGUUUACGGCUUAUAUGCCAGAGGAUUACAGGGGGAUUGUCGGGGAGUAUGUGGCUUUGGGGGGUAGGUGA